AUGUCGGCGGCUGGCGGGACAAGCGCUCCUUCCGCGUCCUCAUCAUCGGCCUUUGUCGCAGCGCCCUCCUCGACUGCCGCAGCCUCCGCUUCAUCAUCACUAUCCGCUUCGUCCUCAUCCGCCUCGUCCUCACUGUCCUCGUCCUCGGGCUUGGCUUCGGCGGUCUCGGCGUCGCAGCAGCUCGUCAUCCCAAUUGCCCUCUGGAACCAGUCCGCGCCAAGCCACUGCGUCACUUCGCUGCUCGUCACCGAGGACCAGACGACCCUCGUCACUGGCGCCAAGAGCGGCCAGCUCUGCUUCUGGUCGCUGCACCUCCCGUCGCCCAGCGCAGCCAACAGCGAGCAGGCUGCAAAACGAGCACCAACGUCGCUCGCGCCGAGAUUUCUCGCCUUCACACAUGUGGCUGCUGUCAAUGCGUUGGUCGAGUGCAUCUACUAUGUCGACGCAGCUCCAACACACGUUAUUCUGAGCGCAUCGGCGGACGGCGUAAUGGCAAUCUCAGAUCGCUCCAAUGGUCGAUGCCUCCAGUCUGCUCAAUGCCUUCCAGAAAGCCCCACUCAGCUGGAAAUUAUUGCACAAGGCACGAAGGUGGUUUGCUGCGGUCGAUUCACCGACAUUUUGAUUAUUGACAUUGCCACUCUUUCGGUCACACACGUUAUUCAUUCUGUCAGCAAACCUGGCUGGAUUAGCACACUCUGUGUAUGGGAUUGCUUUUCUUCUGCUGGAGUACCCGGUCAAGGUCUGCUUACUGUGUCCAUUGACGGGACAUUCCAACUUUGGGGACUCGAGUUUGUCACACGGACUGGCGUCAAGCCGCCAGAUAGUCCAUUGAGCAUUUUGAGUCUGGAAGGUUGCACACGAGCGACAGCCAUCUGUGUCAACCCUUUCAACAACUCUUCCAUCCUCAUUGUGUGCAACAACGAAUGGAUUUUACUUCCUAGCAACGAUUUUCGCCCGCUUUGUCGGAUGCGUUGCCCAUUGCGCCUUGGAUGGGCGGGCGGCUCGUUUUUCGACGCCGAGACCAUCUUGGCUUGGACCCACGAUGGUAUUGGGUAUCUGUACCGGCUGCCUAGUCUACCAGACCUGCCACCUCUCAGCUUGUCCUCGCAGUCACAGUUUGGCUUUGACAAGGCGCCAGCAAACGCAAUUCCGCAUCAGCCUACCUCCAAUCCUCUUCCUCCUCCAUUGCUUCGCGAGCAAAGCUCUGGCAGCUUCAAUCCCGCGAGUUACCACUUGCGGCUCCUGGGCGCUGCUGGCCAGCUGCCUGGGCAGCGCGCGGAAUCGCAAAAGGCCGUGCUGUGCAACGAAGAGCCCGCUCUGUUGUGCGUCUUCCAGAAAGCCAUGCCACCACCCGAGGAGCAACAACCUGGCUGGGCUGCUGACGUGCCCCAAACACUGCUCCACGGGACUUACCCAGUCAUGCAGUAUCAGCGUCGGCUGGCAAUGGAUGACACGCAGCCAAACUCGGCCGCAAUGUUCACCAUUGACAUGCUCGUGCGCGCUGACGGGCUCGGUCAAGUGCAUGUCUGGAAUGUUGGCAACUUCCUGGACGCCGUGAGCCCGUCGUCCUCUCUGGCCGCAGCCACCGAGUCUGGUUCGACUGGGCUGCAAAGCGCUUCGCCAGUCCAUACCCAAUCGCCGUCUGCGCCUUCCCCAAUAUCCAAGCGGUUGUCACUGAUCUCUGCCAGCAAUCCCGCAGCAGCAGCAGCUGCAUCAUCUGUUCUACCGCGCGGCUCUCUGCAAGCGACAGGGCGAAAGCUGAGCUUGUCCAGAACGUCCUCGGAGUGGUCGUCCAACAUUUUGCUCCCUUUUAUCAACUGCAGCCUCGCAGGCGUGUGGGAGGCUCUUGGAUGGCAGAGCAACAGCCAUCACGGCGUUGACGAGGCAAUCACAGCAACCAUGAUGGUCGAUGACACGCAUGUUGUGCGUGGUUUUGCCAACGGCCACAUUGUCAUAUCCCACAUUAUCGGCAUGUGCCGCUCCUGGACAGGCCUGCCUCCACGUGCCGACGAUCACAUUGUGUGUCGCGCACACACUGAUCGCAUCACUUGCCUGCUCUAUCCCGAGGCUGUCAGCGAUGCACCCCGACAGCGCACUGUCUUUGUGUCUGGCUCGGCCGAUUUUACCGUGCGCGUUUGGAGCGUCACAUCUGGAACCCUGCUCAAGACGUUCGCAUCCCACGGAGGCGAGAUUAUUCGCUUGAUUCAACCGCCCCGCGACUCGCGUGCCUUUAUGCAGAGCUUUGUCUGUUCUGUCGCUCAAGACCACUCUGUCUGCGUGUACUCGUUGUCGGAUUUGCGCUAUCGUCACCAGCUGGGUGGGCACAUCUUCCCGAUUACGACAGUGCAAUGGAGCGUUGACGACGACUACGUUGUGGUCGGGUGCACCGAUGGCACUGUCUACGUCUGGCAACUCAGUACCAAUCAUCUUGAUCGCGUCGCAACCGGCCAAGUUGCCCUGGAUAUCUUGGAAAGUUGCUCGAUGCAUUCCAUUCCGAUUCAUUCGAGUGGUUCCCAACACCACCCUCCGUCGUCAUCGCUCCCAUCGUCUACACCGCACCUGCAAUUGCAACCGUCUCAUCAGCAGCAACUUCUUCAGCAACAGGCUCAAACCCACCACUCCAAGCACCAGCCCCCGCAAUUGCCACAUUUGCCGCCUGUGGACCUCAACGACUUGCCCGACUCUACUGGCUCGGGACAGAAUUCGCCGCGGCGUUCUCGAGGGUUCCCUCGCCUUCCCUUGACUAAGCGCGGGAGCCAGGCAUCCAGUGGCAGCAGCUCCCCCGUUCUGGGCAACUCGGGAAGCGCUGGGUCGUUGCCAGGCGCGGCGUCAAUGUUGCGUGAAGGUCAGACGCUUGAGCACCAGUCCGUUUCGUACAACGUGCCACACGCGCACAUUCACGCCCCUGUUGCUGCCAUGCCUCUUGGAGCCGCGAGCAUCAUCCCCAACACUAUUCCAGCUGUUGUGAUUGGCUCUGCCACCCCUGCAUCGUCGUCGCCCGCAACAACCGGCUCUGCCAAUAACGUCCCAGGCACUGCAACUGCUGCCUCUGCCAGCGCCGAGACUGGGCAGCCACUCAUCCUGCAAAGCCCUUCUCGUCUGCGAGGCAAGCGCGCCAUGGAUUUGUUCUCGCUUCCCGUCACCGAAGAGGAGCCCAGGCUGCCAGUCUUGGUGGUGAACGUCAAGCGAUUGAUUGCCAGCCUUUUCCAGACCUUUACAACCACGAGUCGGUUUGCGGAACAAGACUGGUGGGCCAACCUCCCCACAGCUAUCGCCAAUGUCUUGCUGUCGCACCUGAUUCCAUGGAAUUGCUUACCCAACUUGGAUGCCACCUGCACCAGCAAACUGGGGCUCCACAAACCAACACACCAGCUGUGCUUGGGUGUUGUGGGCGAUGAUGGGCGCAUUUCGUUAAUGUUGCCCGACGCCAACAACGGCUCGAUGCGCUGGCAGUCGUCAGCCCAUCUCUCUGCGCUCUGCUCCAUGUCGGUGAUUACGCUUGCCAACACCUUCAUGACGCUUGGUUCCGAGGUUCGGCGCGAUGGGUGGAGCCAUCUAAUCACCGUCACAUGCGCUCUGCUCCCAGAUCUCUUGCCCAACUUUGUUGAGCCCUCGCUGACGCUGCUUGCUCGGUUCUGGAUGGACGUGCAAACCGACUUGCAGCAGGCAGCGCGCACGCUCGUCUCCCAGGGUCUGACGCGCAUUGGCGAAAAGCAACGUACCAUUCUUGCUGCGCGCUGGGACAAGGUCAUUGAAAGCAUGCGCGAUCCCCACCAUCCCGUGCGAGUGCUCCAUGUUUUGCUGCUCGGCGUGCUUGGGUCUGAGUUCUCGGGGCUGGAAAUGCGGAUUGCGGACAACGUCGCCCGUUCGCUUCUUCGCUUGCUGUUUGAUGACUCGGCCGAUCUCGUUGCCCGCCAGCGCAACCAAAUGAUUGCCGCCGAGCUGUUGGCGGUUGGGUUUAACCUUUGGUCGCAGACCCGAAUCGAUGUACAAACUUUGCUGCGACGAUUGCUGUCGCUGAGCGCUGAAGUGUACCUUCAAACGCAUGCUUCUCCCGCCGCCGCCGCAUCCAACCUCUCGCUUUCGGCCCACUUGAGGGACUCGGGCAACUCGUCUGCCUCGCCUACCAAGCCGCAGACUGCUCCUGGCGCCAAGCCCAAGAUGCACAACUCUGCGCGCCACGCCCUCUUGCUCAUCGCGUCGACCUCACCCGAUGCGUUUGUGCGUGCAUUGAGCAACGAGGUGAUGGGCGCUGCCAAUGCUGGCGAAGAGCGAGAGCAUGCGCUUCGCCUCAUCCAUCUCCUUGUCAACAAGAAGGCGAUGGUGGUUGUGCCAUACUUGGCUCGGCUUGUUGAAAUUGUCGUGCAGUGCCUCGAUCCGAGCAUGCCCACCGUACGACAACGAUGCAUGGCCGAGGCCACCUCCAUUUUGCACGACAUGGUCAAGUCCUUCCGCCACAUUGCUCUUCACACGGCGUCCCAACGAUUGGCUGUCGGUGCACCGGACGGGCCCAUCAUUGUUUACGAUUUGCGCACGGCUUCCAAGUGGCACGCUCUCGAAGGCCACGCCGCAGUUUCCACGGCCAUCGCCUUCUCCCCCGAUGGCAAGUACCUCGCAUCGUACUCGUUUGAUGACCGCGCGGUCAAAGUGUGGCAAGCGAGUACGGGCUUCUUUGGCGCGCUGUCGCACAGUUCCACCCCGUCUCGCACAUUCCCUGUUGCUCGACCCGUUGGCAUGGACGUCGUUUCGUCAGAGGCCUUCCUCGACAGUGUUCGCCUUGCAUGGGUUCAGGCGCCACCUGGUGCUGGCUCCAAACGCAAACUGGAGCUCGUUCGGGGCGGAGAAGAGAUGAGCUUUGUAUUCUAA